AACUAAGCUGCAACAAUAGCCUUGUAUCUCCUGGGUAGCAAAAAGUGUUCUUCCUCGACGUAGCAAAUUAAAUAGUCCCGUUGAAUCCAUACAUCGUCAUUACGUCUCGUUUCUUUCUUGUUGGAAAUCCAUGCAACAACUGUAUAACUACACGUCAAUCUAGAAAUGACGCCACUUCUGAACAGACUUCUGUGUUUUAACGUGUACGAGAGCACAUAUAAGACUGUUUAAGUAUUUUUUUUACACUUAUAGGGCAUGCCUGGAUACUUAAGCCCAUAUGAUGUAGGCGUUGUUUACUAUGGCGGAACGUCUGCGAGGGCUGUGCAGUCGGGGCGGAGGGAUCUACAGGACCGGCACAUGAGCGCAUGACGCAGCCGGUUGCUAGGUGUGGAUGACCUGAUGAUGAUGCUUUCACUCAAUUAAGCUUAUUCUCAGUCAUCAACUCCAUCACAACAAAGCAAGAGCAGCUCCACUUCUGUUCUGGCCACUCCGAAGGAGACAUGGCUUUUUGAUUCAGCAAUCGCGUCGACUCUUCACCAAGCGCCGUGCUUUGCUGUAGCAACGCACCCCAAACUCAAAAACAUAAUGGAGUUUCAUAAUGCGUACCCAGCCCUGUUUUCUGUGGCUCAACUCACUAACGACGCUAUCGUGCACCACAAGCUCGGACAGUUAAAUCGUAGAAUCAUCGGACAGAAUGAUGGCAAUGUCAGCGCCCAUAUGGAAGGCUCUACUUGGAUGCCCGGCAGACCCCCUCGCUCUCUCUCACCCACAGGCUAACCACAGCCAAUUGGAGAGGCGCAGAGGGGAGGGGCCAGAGGAGAGCCAGCACUUAAUUGGUGAUGGUCUCAGUGACUGGAUGACGGAAGAAGUGGAUUUCUCCUCAUACCUCCCAACCCCUCACUCCUCUCCCUCCCCCAAUGCAUCCCUUCCCCCUUCGCCCCUCCAGCAUGACAUCCAGGUGCCCUCUGAUUUGGAGGUCAUGACAUCUCUGCUGCAGGAAGAGCUUGCUCAGCUGGAGGAUUACUUCCUGUCUGACCCGCUCCCAGAGAAAGUCUCCAAACUGGGCAAAUGCGACAAGGGGCAACCACCAGUGGGCCCCCCAUCAUACUACCAGUUGCCCUAUGCAUCAUAUUCUGCUUCUAGCCAAUCAGAAUCUAGCCCCCUACUUGUUACCCUAGCAACUGGGGAACUAGACCUGCUGAGCUUUUGUGGGGGUCCCAUUGGCCGAUCAAAGAUGCCUAGACACACCCCUUACGGUUGCAGCCGUCCAAAUGCCAAUGUUUGCAGCCGCAAGAGAGUUUCCGAUGGGGUGAAGGUGAGUGAAGGCUUUGAGAAUGGCAUCUGGAGUUCCAAAGGAAAUACCUCAGGUAACUCAGCUGUUGCGCUCAAUGGCAGCUACAGCUGUGUGGAGGAUGAACGGGUGGUGGGCAAAGGGUAUUGCUUGGGUAGCGCGGUGGAGAUCCGAAGAUGCGCCAUUUUACCAAAAGAAGAAAAGAACUGCCGCUACUCAGAUGAAGCCAUCGGUAUAAGCAAAGUUGUAAGCAGCAAUUAUGGCUUUGGUGGGUCCAUUCAAGUCCCACACAAAAAAGAAGAGAUGAUGAUGUAUGGUGUCAGAGAAGUCAACAUGAAUGGAAUGGAUGGAACUGGAGAGAUAGAGAUGAUGAGCGAAGGCAAAACAGCGAUUGGCGAUGUGGUCAAGGCUAACAUACCCUGGAAGACCGAAUCCAACGAAGGGUGCUAUCUACAAGGAAGACCCCAUGAAGAGGCCUACCACAACUUCCUAGGGUCCAUCAACGAGCCAAUAAAAGCAGAAGGUGUCGAGAUGCAUCGUCAACAUAAUGACUAUCACUGCAACUUUCUGGAUGGUCAAGGCCCUGACUGCUUGAACGGAGACAGACACGGACACGAAAUGGGUGCUCAUUGCCCCAGAGGUGUCUGUGCACUGAAGGAAGAGUCCUGCAUUGUGAAACCAGACCUGGACGCCUCCCUAAUGGAAAACAACCAAGGAGAACGCAAACAGAAGAAGAGAGAUCAGAACAAGACUGCAGCUCACAGGUAUCGGCAGAGGAAGAGAGCAGAGCUGGACUCAUUGGAGGAGCAGCUUCAUGGCCUGGAGGGAAGAAACCGAGAACUUCGGGACAAGGCCGAAUCGGUGGAGCGAGAGAUCCAGUACGUGAAAGACCUUCUGAUCGAGGUGUACAAGGCCCGCAGUCAACGCCUAAAACAAGAGGCCAGCGCCUGAGCUGAACUUGGUAGCCUGACAAUUGAUGAUUGUUCUGCAAGUAGAAUUGAUAGUGCUCUAAUAUGGAUCGGAAUUUAAGUUGGAAUGAUUUCUGAUCGAAUGUCUUUUUUUUUUUUCCUCUUGUUUUUGGAUAGGGGCGGGAGGGUGUACUCUUGCACGUUAUGUUAACCAAUAAUUUUACUUUUCGUUACAAACUGACAAGUCCAUCAACAGCUGCAGCACAAACUUCCACUUUUUUUCAAUUCCAACGCAAAGUCAAAUAAAUAUGCACUGUGAUUCUGUCAUGGGUUCAAUGACAGCUGGCUUUUGUGUGGGCCUCCUUUUUUGUUUUUUUCCUUCCAAGAAUAGAUAAAACGGGUCCUAUUUUCAUGUCCUUUUCGGAAUUGAUGUUAACACUGAACACACAAUCAAAUAAAGCACAUUAUUUUUUAGUUUACACAAUGCUAUAACUUAAUAUCAUGACCUGCACCGAUUUUUAAUUUAUUAGAACACAGAGAAUUUUAAUGGGUGUUUUUUUUUUGGUUUUUUUUUUUUUUUUGGUUGAAAUUAUUUAUAAACAGUUUUAAGGUUUGUAGCACUUGGCAAUAGCAUAAUUCUUCCAUCAAAACUGAAUAAGCACUAAUAUCAGUAAGCAAUGUUUUUCCAAACCAAUUGACUUUCAGGGGAAUUAAUCUUUUGAAAAUGAAUAUUCCCUCAGGAAUAACAGCCUGAAUCUUCUUUUCAUUACAUCCCCAAUAUAGGUUAGUCCUGCAGCUCAGGUAUGCUAUCUAUGUCCAAAGUCACGGAAGUAUGUCAGUUUGUAACUUGAUGCUGAAGAUAUGGCACUGCCUAAUGUUAUGUGUGUCGAGUUCAUAAUGUUUUAGUCUUGCAUGCCUAAGAUUUCAUGGCUUUUUAAUGCCUUUUGUUCUUUCUUUUGGUUUGAACGGGAUGUUAAACAUUUACAGCAUAUCUCUCUUGCUAACGACCUGUUAUAUAUCCUCUUUGCUUAGUCAUUUCAUAGAACGAGUGGCAUUUUUUGAGUUCACAAACUACUGUUUGGCCCAAUGUCUCUGCUGUAAUUGCGAAAACAAUCAGGGUUUGUGAUUUUAUAAGGCUUGUUUGAUCUGAUUUAAAAUGGUGUCCUAGUGGGUAGCACAACAACAACAAAAAUCUUUAUAGCUCAACAGCUUUUUUAUAUUUCCACUAGAGUGCUUGAGAUGGCUUUAAAACUUUUAUUUAGCUGUAGCUCCAAUUUUUGUCCUUCCUAGCAAUAUUUAUUCAACACUUUCAUGUAAUCUAAUAUUAAUUGCAACUAGAGUUGCGUACAAUGAACAUGAAUUUAGGGGGGUUUAUUUUGACAGUCUAUAUAUCAGAUUUUAAGCAGUCUGGUGACAUUUAUUUUAUUUUUAUUUUUUAUUUUGACGUGCGCACAUAUGGAACCACAAGGAAAAAAAAAUCUAGACGCAAAUUAGGAUUUUUUAUUUAUUUAUUAUUAUUUUUUUUUUAGGUUUUCACAUAAUUGAAGCUUCAUGUGUACCUUAAAACCUAGCAAUACCUUUAUUUUCUUAAGCCUUCUGAAUACGUAGCCUAGCACAGAUAUUGAGAGAGCUAAGCGCCUUAUCGAAUUUAAAAUCUGCUUUCCUCUUGGCGGUAUACAAUCAUGUUUGUGAGAAAUGAGCAGACUUGUGGUGUGUCAUCUUGUGAAGCUGAUCACUGUUGGAACUCAUGAGCUACGCGGCUGAGCCACGUUCUUUUUACACACGUUCACACCAGCUGAAAGACCAAGACCAGACAUUUCGAUGCUUAAUUUAUUUUUUAGUUGAUUGCUUUUGUCUUUUCUUGUCAUUCCUUUGAUUCCAAUAAAGUGAUUUGUGU